AAGAUUGGUCAUUAACAUCAGAUUAUGAAAUAAAACUAUUGCUCAACGGUGAUACAUUAACACGUACUCAAGAAAUAUCAACUUGUGAAACUUUACUAUGUGAAUUAAUCAAUUUGAAGGAAGAAUUCGAUGAAAAUGAACAAGCUUUAUCAUUCGAUUUUACUAAUAAAAGUGGUCUUUGUUGUGAAGUCAUUUUUGAAAUAACUAAAUAUCUUUCAUUAAAUGAUGCAAUUAAUGCAUUUUCCGAUAAUAUUCUUUCUUUCGUACAUAAAUAUGAAACAAAAGUACAUAUUUCUGAAUCUUCUUAUACAUUUAUCAAUAUGAUUAUUCGAAAAAUUAAACUUGAACAUAUUAUUUCCUUACAUCUUAAUGAUGUUUCAUUCUCAAAAAUAAAAGAAUUAAAUUCGUCAAUUAUUUUUAUAAAUGUUAUCUCAUUGACUCUUCUCAAUUAUCAAUCGAUAAAUUUUAUCAAAGAAUACGAAGAAUAUUUUCCUAAUUUAAUUCGUUUUUGUCUUUGGUAUGACGAUCAAGUUAAUUUUCAUACAAUUAGUGGUAUCAGUUCUCAAUUUUGGAGUUCAAUUAAACGAUUCGAAAUUCGUUGUGCUGGACCACUUUGUACACAUUCUAAUAUCAAUGAAUUCACUACGAGAUAUCAUGGAAAUUAUACAAUAGAAUAUUUUCUAUUUGAUGUUAGGUAUCUUCCUUUAUUUUCAAUGUAUGAAUGUCGGGACUUUCAUGAAUCAUGUGUUUUGAUGUUAACAACUGAUUUUAUCGCAAAAAUUCACAAUAUUCGACAUGUUCAUCUCAUCAUCAGUAAUCAAUACAAUCUUAAGAAAUUGUUAAAUGUCUAUGAAUGGAUAGAAUUAACAAAUACAUGUCAUCAAUUGAAGAAAAUAACGUUACAAGUAAUGGAAAGUAUAUUUGAAGACCAACAAUUAAUAAUGAGAAUAAUUGAAAUUCAAAAUAUAUUGUAUAAUAUAAGAAAAACAAUCAAAUUUCAAGUUGUAUCCAUGUGA